GACCAGAGCCGCUAUGACGUCAUAGAGAGUUGAUGAUUUUUAGAACGUUCGCGCGCUUUGUUAAAGCCGUGUAACUCUCCAACUCUUCACUCAUUUACUGAGUUUGCAGCUGAUUUAGUGUGAUUGAUACACAACAGCGAUUCAUCAUGGGACAGAAGAGUUCACGAGUACAAGCGUUCACGGAUAGCGAGCAGGUUCACGACCUCCAUCACCGUGACCCCUCACCGUCAAACCAUCUUCCCCAUCGGCCUGACGAGGAGAAGCCCGAGGGAGAGAGAGACCAGCGUCCCAUCUCGCGUCUGAAGAGGAAGAUGAAGAAGAAGAUGAAGAAAGCGCCGGGCGACUUCAACUUCUUCAAGUGUCUCUCUUUCAGACGUAAAAACACGAGCUCGGAUCAGGAUGAGAUCAUGAAGGAUCAAGAGACGGAAACACCCAGGAGAAGUACCGACGAUGAAAAUCCUCCACAGUCCAUCUCUAGAUCUGGAGAGGUCAUUGAUCUGAGGGAACCUCCUGUCGAUGAUCCUGAAGUCCUUCCCGCCGCCGAGCUUCAAACUCCAGUCCUCGACGCUCCAGUCCGUCUGACAGCGGGUGAAACGUCUCCUCUCCGUCACCAGGAGAACAUGAGACCUGAGGACGAAAUCUGCAGCCGAUAUUCAUUCGGCCGUAAGCUGGGGGAAGGGGGAUUUGGUGCCGUCUACGAAGGCACUCGUUUGACGGAUAACAAGCUGGUGGCGGUGAAGUUCAUCCAGAAGACAGAAGACAUGGAGUGCAUCAGCAUUCCUGAUCAUCCCGAACCCCUUCCCAAAGAAGUGGCUCUGACGAUCCUGGCCAGUAGCAAAGGUCCAGCGAUGGACAUCAUCAAGCUUCUGGACUGGCAGGACCAGGAGGACUUCUGCGUCAUGGUCCUCGAGCGUUUCUCCGACUGCAUAGAUGUGUUCGACUUCGUGGCACACAGCGGCGGCCGCAUCGAGGAGAAGAUCGCGCGGCACAUCAUGUGGUCGGCAACACUAGCCGCUGAUGCGUGCUGUCGCCGCGGAGUUUACCAUGGCGACAUCAAACUGGAGAACCUGCUGAUAAACGUCAGGAGCCGCGACGUCACAGUCAUCGACUUUGGAUGCGGCGAACUCCUGACAGAAUCUCCCUACACGAGUUACUCUGGCACAGAUUUGUACUGCCCUCCCGAGUACAGAAUGAAGGGCGAGUUUCACGGGAAGCCGGCGACGGUCUGGUCUCUGGGGAUCCUGUUGUUCAGAAUGGUGUGUGGACACUUUCCAGAUACUGCCGACUUGUACAGGACCAAUAUGAAGAUCUGGUACAAAUCCAGCUUGACAGAAGACUGCUGUGAUUUGAUCUGCUCACUUCUGCAGCAGAAGCCAGAGCGUCGGCUUGAUCUGCACAGGAUUAUUCAGCACAACUGGUUUUAGGUGGAAAACCGGUCACAGUGUCGUCUCUUCAGGAGAUCUCUUUCCGUUUGAUGAAAAAAUCCACCAAAAGCAAGAAUGCAGCUGUAGAUGUCUUUAAUAGAUUUUUGUCAUGACACAAUAUUUAGGACAACGACUAAUAUUGCACAGCAAAACCACUAGAUGGCACAAAAUUUGCAGUAUAAAAUAUGAUAUUAAUCAUACAAUAAAAUGUAUCUAUUGUACUGCCAUAAUACAUUUGUAUUAUUUCCUUUAUUUAACCAGGAGAGUCACAUUGAGAUAUUACUAUCUCUUCUUCCAGAGA